GUGGUAGUGGUGGUGGUGUCACCGAGGACGGUGGAGGAAUUCGGCAGUGGCGACGGUGGUGAUUGCACGCCAUCGUCGUCGUCGUCGUCGUCGUCGUCGUCGUCGUCGUCAUCGGGCUGUGACGCACGAGACGACGCGAAAGCAAGCGUAGAGGAGGAGGCAUGAGGAGGCGAGAGUGACGACGCUGCUGCUGCAUCCUCGCACAGAUCGUGAGAGGACCGGCGGCCUGAUACCGCGGCGAUACGCUGGGGCCCGCGAUAAGGAUGGCCCCCUUCAAUAUGGCCGGCGUGGCGGGCCUUUUAGCCACCUGCGCCGCCGUUGCUGCUUCCGCUGCCCACCUUCUGCCGUUGCUGCUGUUGCUAAUCUGCCCGCGAGGGACCCAGGCGGAACAAGUUGUUCUGUUGGACACGACGACGGAGGAGAAACUCGACUGGACGAAGUACCCGUUUGGACCGCUAGUCAGCACUUCUGGCUGGGUGGAGGAGUCCUUCACGAACUUCGACAAGGGCAUCAAUUGGCGGAGUUACGUGGUGUGCGACGUGGCGUACAACAACGUGAACAAUUGGCUGUGGACGCCCUUCGUGGAGAGGGGCCCGGCGAACCGCAUGUAUAUAGAAAUCAAAUUCACGACCCGCGACUGCUCGCUGUUCCCCGGGAACGCUCUCAGCUGUAAGGAGACCUUCAGUCUGCUGUACUACGAAUUCGACGCAGCAACAAAGGAGCCGCCUCCGUGGGAGCCGGACAGCUACAAACUUAUCGGUCGCAUAGCCGCGGGCGAGGGCAGGUUCAACACGAACACGGAGGUGGUGAUAAACACGGAAGUGAAAUCGAUACCGGUGACGAAGAAGGGCGUUUACUUCGCGUUUCGCGAUCAGGGCGCCUGUAUAUCGAUCUUGGCCAUCAAGGUGUACUACAUCAGCUGUCCGGAGGUCUCGGUGAACUUCGCCCGUUUCCCGUCCACGCCGACCGGUCGCGAGGUCACUUUUAUCGAGCAAACGAUCGGCACCUGCGUCGCCAACGCCGUCAUAAUCGAGAACCCGAUCUUCCUCUGCAAGGGAGACGGAAAAUGGUACCUUCCCACUGGCGGAUGCCACUGCAAGCCGGGCUACCAGGCCGACGUGGACAAGCAGGAGUGCAAGGAGUGCCCGAUAGGCAAAUACAAGCACGAGUCGGGCUCCCACAUCUGCGAGCUUUGUCCGGAUCACAGCAAAGCCUCUGAUUACGGUUUCACGGAGUGUCGUUGCGACCCGACGUACUAUCGAGCGGAGAAGGAUCCCAAGAACAUGGCCUGCACGCAACCACCUUCGGCGCCGCAAAACCUGACUGUCAACUUUGUCGAUCAGUCGACGGUGAUUCUUUCCUGGAACACGCCGCACAUGCAGGGUGGCAGGUCCGAUACGACGUACAGAGUGGUCUGCGACGCCUGCAGCAUGGGCGUCAAAUACAUUCCCAACACCGAGAUCUUCAACGAUACGAAGAUCACGAUAACCGGUCUGAACGCGGUGACCACUUAUCGCUUCCAAGUCUUCGCCGAGAACGGUGUAUCGUCGUUGGCCGGCAAGUCGGAAUACGUGGACAUCACCGUUACCACGGAGGCGAGUGUGCCGAGUCUGGUGAGCAACGUCAGGAUCACGAGCGUCAAGAGCUCGGAGCUCAGUAUCAGCUGGGACGCGCCGGUCAUCGAAGUCGGCGGCGACAGUGAUCUCGUGGAGAGAUACGAAGUGAGGUGCUACCCGCGCUACGACGACGCCACUAAUGCAACCGUCAUUCAAACGUCCGAGCUGUCCGCCACGUUCAAAGGUCUCAAGCCUUCUACGGAUUACGCGAUACAGGUUCGCGCCAAGACCACCCGCGGCUGGGGCGAAUACACGCCGGUGGUAUUUAAGAAGACACCCCACGCGAUGGGUCUAGACUACGUUGGCGAGAACGAUAACAUGCAAGUUAGAAUAAUCGCAGGGGCGAUCGUCGCUGUGGUCGUGCUACUCGUGAUCAUUAUCAUCAUGACCGUACUGAUCCUCAGAAGCAGGGCCUCGGAUGAGUGCAACAAGAAACAGCCGAGCGACUGCGACACCCUGGAGUACAGAAACGGCGAAGGACUAGUUGUGACCUACAUGCACUGCAAAAUGGACAGUUCACCGAUUGUGACAACCCAUACCAACAACAAGAGCAAGUCCUCGCUGACCACGCCGCUGUUCACACCUGCAGUGGGGGUCGCCGCGGCAGGCGCAGGCGGCACAGGCGGCGCAGGUGCCAGGAGCUACGUGGACCCUCACACCUACGAGGACCCGAAUCAGGCCGUGCGAGAAUUCGCCCGCGAGAUCGACGCCGGAUACAUCACGAUAGAGGCCAUCAUAGGUGGUGGUGAAUUCGGCGAUGUCUGCCGAGGGAAACUGAAAUUACCGCCGGACGGGCGGACGGAGAUAGACGUGGCCAUAAAGACUCUCAAGCCAGGCUCUGCGGACAAAGCUCGUAACGACUUCCUGACAGAAGCGUCGAUAAUGGGACAGUUCGAGCAUCCGAACGUGAUAUUCCUGCAGGGUGUGGUGACGAAGAGCAAUCCGGUGAUGAUCAUCACGGAGUUUAUGGAGAACGGCAGCCUGGACACCUUCCUGCGGGCGAACGAUGGCAAAUUUCAGGUCUUGCAGUUGGUGGGCAUGCUGCGCGGCAUCGCCAGUGGCAUGCAAUAUCUCGCGGAGAUGAACUACGUGCAUCGCGAUCUCGCCGCGCGGAAUGUACUGGUCAACGCAGCCCUGGUCUGCAAGAUCGCCGAUUUCGGGCUGAGCAGGGAGAUCGAGAGCGCCACGGAGGGAGCCUACACCACCAGGGGCGGAAAGAUCCCGGUACGGUGGACGGCACCGGAAGCGAUAGCGUUCCGGAAGUUCACGAGCGCCUCCGACGUCUGGAGCAUGGGCAUCGUGUGCUGGGAGGUGAUGUCGUAUGGCGAGAGGCCGUACUGGAACUGGUCGAAUCAGGACGUGAUCAAGUCGAUCGAGAAGGGCUACAGGCUUCCAGCGCCGAUGGACUGCCCGGAGGCGAUCUACCAGCUGAUGCUCGAUUGCUGGCAGAAGGAGCGCACCCAUCGGCCCACUUUUGCCAAUCUCACGCAGACUUUGGACAAGCUCAUACGAACCCCGGACACGCUGAGAAAGAUCGCUCAGAACAGAAUCAGGGAAAGGGGUGCUCCACCCCCACCCCCACCCGCCUCGUCGGCAUCUUCCAACGUGCAUUUGAGGAACAGGGGCACCAAUCCUCUGGCGCCGGAUGCGGUGGAUCUGACGCAAUUGACGUCGGUCAGCGAGUGGCUGGCCUCCAUCAAGAUGUCGCGGUACGCCGAGAGCUUCGAGCGCGCGGGAGUGACGACGUUAGAAGCAGCGGCACGCGUCACCGUUCAAGAGCUCACCUCCCUCGGCAUCACGCUGGUGGGCCACCAGAAGAAGAUCAUGAACAGCGUGACGGCGCUGCGGGCGCAGAUGUCCGCCACGUCGCAAGGGUUCCUCGUGUAAGCGCGCGACGCUCGCAGAAUCCUCAGACGGGAUCGUGACGCGUAACGUGAGCGGACAACCCAAUCGGCUGAUCAGCGCGGAACAUCACGACACCCCUUUCCCAUGGAUCUCACGAAUUUGCCACUUCCCUCGAGGCGUCCCAGACGCCUCAGUAGUCUCUCCCCGAGGAGAGAAGAAGAGAGCGAGCAUCAGGCGACGACGAGAUCCGCGUGUCAUCUAGGACUCGUCGAUUACCUAGUCAGAGCGACCCUGAUGUGCUCGAGAGAAAGAGAGAGAGAGAGAGAGAGAGAGAGAGUAUCCUUUUCCGCGCAAGUGGAUCCGGUAAACCGAGAAACUGAACCUCGAUGAGCCAAGGAGGUUGUCACCGCCUUGACACGAAGGUACUCGUACCGCAAAACAUUCCACAUUGAGUCCACGAGAGUCAGGAGAAUUCAUCCUUCGCGCUUAUUACAACUCCCCUCGCGAGGAGUAGCAGGAGGGCGUAUAUACGAGGACCACGCGCUCGUCAUCUCGCAUCCGAAUCACGUACAACGACUUACUCUGAACCCGUACCCGUGAAAGUACGACGAGGCUUCCGCGUAAACGAUAUUUCUACACGUCAGAGGGAUCACUCACGAUGCUGGUGUAUCUCCCGUGAUCAACGUGUAACGAACGAUAUCGUUCGCGAAGCUCGUGCCUAGGCAGGAGGAGGAGGAGGAGGAUGUCUGAGAAAAAACGUUCCCGACAGGAUGAAUAUAACAUACACACAUACACACACACACACACACACACACACACACACAUAAACACCGAACAGCUCCGCCCGUUGCGAAUAACGAGCGCCGAUCCUGUCCUUCGUUUCCUAGGCCGUUUCCGUGAUCGAUCCGCGAAUAGAUCAGACUGACAAACGGAGACGGACGAGCCAUCCCGCUGUAAUUACUGCCGCGAAACUCGCGUCGAGCUUCUUUCCGUCAUUCAACGAGAGCUCUCUCGAUUUUUUAUAGUUUGAUAUAAUCGCGCAAAUCGCUGGAUUUUGUAUACGUUGUAUAGUCGUUCUACUUUUAACCAUCAUCUCGAGACCCCAGCGUCUCGAGUCCCUUCAAUCUCCAUUGGUCGCGCUUAUCGGAAGAUUCCCGUGACAUUUUGUCGACUCGAACGGCAGCUCCUUUCGCGACAUACGUACACGUGUAACCGCGACACGCGGAAGCAUCGAACGGGCGAACUGCGCACGGCCUAAAGUGUCGUUCGAACACGUCCCUCGCUUUUCCUACGUAUACUCGUAAAGCUACGUCUCUUUGUAACAAUCGACACGAUAGGUCUCCCUCGCGCGUCUGACAAGGAGCGACGAUGAACGGAUCAGAGAAAUGGCAGAGAGGAGAAGACACCGCGUCUCUGCUGUAUAUCGCGCGAACGACCGUACCAAAAAGAAAAGAAGAAACAAAAGAGCGAGCGAGCGAGCGAGCAACUGUCGCGGUAGUUCCCGAGAUUCCAUCGAUAGCGCGACAAUUAUACAACGUAGGUGCAUUUUAUCACAUCGACGUAGCGAGGACUCAUCGCAAUGAUUGCUAUUAUUACGUACAUACGUCGCCUACGAGGACCGCGAGAACGCAAGAGCGAGAGUGGCGAGAGUGUGAGCGCGUGUCUCAGAGCAAAACGAUAUCUGACCAUCGCCUCGGCACGAUGGACGAGCAACGAUCGAAUAGAAAGACAGAGAGAGAGAGAGAGAGAGAGAGGGAGAGAGAAAUGAAGAAGAAAACCACGAUUCUUGCCUUUGCGUUAUUCCCGUACGAGAAUAUGUCGUACAUACGCGGUCUAUUGUAUAGGUACCUGUCGAUUAACGAGCACGACGAAACGACGAAACAAGAGGCGGACAUGUGCCAACGCAAGUGUGCAAGAGUUUACUGUAGCGCGAGACUGGUGUGACGCGACUGCAAAAGAGAGAGAGAAAGAGAGAGGCAGAUUGAGAGAGAAAAUAAGCGAACGCGUGUAUGUGUGAAUGUAUGAAGCUGCAUCGACGACGAAUGACAAGAGAGAGAAACAGAGAGAGAGAGAGAGAGAGAGAGAGAGAGAGAGAAAGAGAGAGAGAUCCGCAGGCCGCCCUUCGCGCUAUACGAUGUAUGUACACGAGCGUGCGAUCACCGAGAGAAUACGAGAUUAUUAUAUACAUAAUACAUAUAUAUAAAAAUAUAUAUAUAUAUAUAAAGAUAUAUUAUAAAUAGACGCGCGCGAGAUACACUUCGAUAAGUAGGAGGAGAAAAAAGGAAGAGAGAGAGAGAGAGAGCGAAGGGAGGCACUCUUCAUCGGUAGGAGACGCGGGAAAAUCCGAGGGACGAGAAUCGGAGUCGCGAGGAGGUCGCGUCCGGCUGAGCGAAAGAGCGCGACGUGACGUCGAGAGGACGAGAGGACAAAGACACAGAGAUAGAUGUACAGAGAGAUCAAACGAUUCUCGAACGCGCGUCCCUUACUAGCAAGCAAUGCGUCAACAUAUCAACACUUAUCCGGAAUGCAAUGCGAGCGCGAGAGGGACAACCGCGUAUACGCAAUACACGCAGUUCGCUUCGUCGCGAUCGAGUCGAGUCGAGUCGGGACGAGGCGAUUCCGAUCGCGCGUCGCGAUCGUGCUCUCCCCUCCGAAGUUUCCAUCGGGCGAAACCGAGUGAAGACGGAGAGGAGGGCUCUAGGCGAGAGAGAAAGAGAGAACGGGGCAGAAACGUAGGAAAGUAAGCGAACGCGAGCGUGCUGAGUCGAUUCGGAGACGUUCGUCAUGAGCGCGUGAUUUGCGCGGACCGCGAGACAAUAUCGCGCGACUCGACGCGAUCGAGCGAGGUAGGCAGUUUGAUUUUCACAGCCCGGUCGAGGAAUUUGCUUGCGAAGCAACGUCCAUUCCACUAUGCAUAUAUCUCUAAUAGGAAAUUGUUUCUUUUCUUUUUGUUCAUUUUCUUGAGUGCGAGGAAGAAGUAGGGAAGAGUGGGAGAAAGAGAGAGAGAGAGAGAGAGAAAGACAGAGAGAGAGAGAGAGAGAGAGAGAGAGAGAGAGAGAGAGAGAGAGAGAGAGAGCAAAAGAAAGAAGGAGGCUUGCCUCACCGCGAAAUGGGACAAGAUACGAUCUCACCGUAUCUCGUAGACGCGCGCUGAUCGUAAAAGACUGCUUCCCGGGCGCUUCGUGCGGCAUGUGACGACACGCGUUGCGUUCUAUCUGGGAAUACACACGUUACCGGCGACUUGUCCUCGAAGGGAAAGAGAGAAAGAUAGAGAGAGAGAGAGAGACAGAGAGAGAGAGAGAGAGAGAGAGAGAGAGAGAGAGACCAACGGGACAGCGGAACACAUAGAUAUACGAGAAUAUCGCGCGUGAGAUUGACUUCGGCUUCCAAGUGAGUCCGACGAGUCGCGGGGAAAUUUUUUUUAUUUUUUAAUUUAAUCGUUUGAAGAAAAAGAAAACGUUAGUAAUGUAGUAGUCUACGGCGUCGAAGCGACGGUGGAUGACAAACGGAACGACGUGGACGACGAGCGCGCGGGGAGGAGAGCGCGCAUCUUUGGUGGUCGUGAUUUUGUCGUCUCGACGAGAUGCACGCGAACAACGAUAAAACGGAGCGAACUUUGUAGUAGUCUUCGUAGCCGGCCAAUAAUUACUUUAUAAUUUUCCCCCGCGCCCUCUCUUCGUCCCAAUCACGUAGAGACGCGCGAGUCGCGGCCACCAAAGUCGCCGCGGUCGGUCGCCUCGUCGUCGCUCAUCUCUCGAAAAUGAUCCAACGCUGCUUCGUUCGUUCCCCCCUCGUAAACGAGAUAUUGCUCGAGAUCAUUCUCCGAGCGUAUACGGAAAACACCGAGAUACGCCCUGGUGUCUUUCGGUUCGCCGUGCUGCCUUCCGCGUUUGUCGUGAGAGGAAGAUGAGUAAAGCGCGGUGGGCCGCGCAGUGAGAGCAAAAUCUCCCUUAGAAAAAACAAAGAGAGAGAGAGAGAGAGAGAAUGUGGUAGAAAAGUGAGAGUGAAAGAGCGGAAGAAAGAGAGAGAGAGAGAGAGAGUAUGUAUGCGUGUAUGUAUGUGUGAAGGCUACGGAAACGGCGAUGAUUACGAAGCAAUAAGUGAAUACACGCAAAUGCAGAUUUUUAUAUAGAAAAUGUUAACAAAUUUCAGAAAAUAUUAAUUAUCGAUAGCGCUAUCUUCCUAAAUGUUCGUAUUAAAGGUUAAACGAAAAAAAAAAGUAAGAUAAAACGUAAGGGCGACACGAUGAGAUCGCGCGGAGUUCCGACCGAGAGUAAGCGGCGUGAAAUGCGAGAUAAAGCGAAGGUGAACGCGAAGAGCAACACGCGCGAGUCGAUUUUCAUCGCGCUCGAUCGGGAUUCCGUGGGUGGGAUGAAAAGAAAGAGAAGGAGAGAAAGAGAGAAAGAGAGAGAGAGAGAGAGAGAGAGAGAGAGAGAGAGAGUGUGUGUGUGUGUGUGGUCUUUAAAAACUUUCAAGCUGUAAUUAUCUGUGUUUUAGCGACGAACCUGCGAGUGCGACCUGAAGUUUCGAGGAUGUUGUUGAUUUCGACAAAUCGAUAUCUAGAUUUUCAUAGAGCUCUAUCAAUAUCACACACACUCACGUACGGCCACGUAGGCGCGAGUAAUACACAAGCGGAGGAGAAUACACGCGAACGAACUCUACCGUGCUCUAGGGGACGUAUGUUAAUUUCAGAGUGAAAGUAUCUCGCGUACGACUUCUCCGAUCCUGUCUUUCGUUCCACCGACUCUCCCCCGUACCCGUGUAUGUCCAGUUCGGGCUCGAUUUCACAGGAGCAAAACGAAACGAGGAAGACAUCCGAGUAAAGAGAGACGAGAGUACGCGUUACACUUUCAGAGAGCUUUCGAGAUCGUACUUCACGUCACAAUGUAUUUCCGUUAAUGUCGACGUACACUCGGCGCGCCGUGGAGGCACGACGGAAACGCGUUUCGUGAGAGAUACGUCACCUAGACCCAGCUACGCAGAACCGCAACGUUUAUUCGACGGUUUGAAAUUGACGGUCGUUGAAUCAACAUUGAUUCAAUCCUCAUCGACGUCGAAUCAACGUUGUGCUUCUGAUUGAGGAGAGACUAGAGUGCGACUGAAUUUUUAAUAUUCAUUAACCCAGCGAAUAUUUUUUUUUUUUAUAAUUCUUAACAAUUAUUUUUAACAAUUUUUAACGACUUAACCUGACGAAUGAUGAGGAAGCUCCCACCGAGUGCCGAGUGUGCGCGUAAUGCUUCAUUUUUAAGAGUGUACGAACGGAGGUCGGAUGAAACACGCGCGGCAGGAAAAAAGCCUGAGAAAUCAAAAUUCGCAUUGUUGCGUCCUUGUUGCGAUAAUCCGUUUCACUUAUCUUAUCCUUAUUUUCUCUUUCUUUUUAUUUUGAUUCUGCGACAAAGAGAGGAGAGAGGGAGGGAGGAAGAGAAAAAGAGAAAUAGGAAGUGAGAACGACAAGUGGCUGAAGGACAAAUUGGUUGAACCGCCUCUCGCGUUUUUUUACUUAAUCCUUUAAUCAAUUUUAACGCAACAUUAUAUUACUAUUUAUUAAAAGAAGAGGAACUUAUUUAUUGUUUAGAGAGAUCUGACUAAAUUGCAAACGUUCUAACUACUAUAAGUUAUCUAUUUACUACUUAGCGACGAGAUAUGGGGCAGAGCGACGUUCAUUCUUUCCCUACUUUUCAGGGUUUUCUCGUUUGGAAACUCUGUCGUGUGUAAAGUAAAGCGAACGAAAAGUUGACAGCUACAGUGAUAUAGAAGAAAAAAAUGAGAAAAGAAAAACAAGAGAUGUGCGAUCGUCGGGAUCUGUAUGCAGCAGCUAUUAAUAUUAUAUUAUUUAGUUAAGGCGUUUAAUUAAACGAGCGCAUUGUUUGACUCUUACUUUUUACAAACUCUUUCUACAGCGAACUCUGUCAAAGUACCUGCUUCGAGAAAAAACGAAAAUAACGAAAUCACCGAAAAAAAGAAGUAAAGCAUUACAGGUACCGUCCCAUAUAUUAUACAUACAUAAUUCACAAAGCACCCGCGCACAUACAUACACAAACAAACACACACAUACACCUACACACAGGUACACACUUGCAUUAUCAUUACAUAUAGACAUACUCUCGCAUAUACACACACAUACACACACACACAUGUACACUCGAUAAUUUAUAUACACUCGCCGAGCUGAGUUUUCAUAAAGAUUGGUUAAGCGAAAUCGCCUCCGUGUGUCUUCGAUUCAUUGUAUAAAGAAAAACGCAAAUGAAAAAAAAGCAAGCAAAGAGUUACUGCCGACAAAU